AUGAGAUCCGCUCACUUCUGGAACCUCUGCAGCUCUAGUGAUCCCGCAUAUAUGACCCCUGGUCACUAUUCUCCCGUUCCUUCUUCCCUGUUGGAUCACACACUCACGUCCCUCGAAAAGACCACUCGUUGCCGUCUACUUCACGAACUCGGCGCCAGGCCUAGGAUACCCCAGAGGCGAACAUACGAGCAGAUCCACGCAAACCUACCAAACACGCCACCCCGCGCCAGCACCGAAGCUGAAGGAGACGACUUCAUGUCCUCCGACCAGCCGCGGGUCGUCGAGAGCAGACCGUCGGCUUUGACGUCCAACCCGGUGCACGAAGCCGAGGACGAAAAGGACCAUGGCAAUGUCGAACACCCGUUGUCGGGCGAACAAGUACGGGACGUCAUUCGCCUGAUCCAAUGUCGGAAAUGCUCCCGUCCCCUUCGAGAUCCCAUUACACUGCCAUGCGGCCGAAGCCUCUGCAGACGCUGCCUCCCCGAGACACAUACCCGAGAACAUAUAUCCUAUCCCGCCACGCCAAAUAGGUUACGGGGUUUCGAAUGCCCUUACCAAGAAUGCGGUCGAAGCCAUGCUGUUGGUGACUGUGGCGUCGAUGUCAUUCUCACCAAGGCAGUCAACAACUUCAAGGCUGAAAUGGAAAAGGCGAGAGACAUCAUCACAACGGCCGAGAUCUCCACCCAUGUCAUAAUACUACGCCCGGGCGCUGGACAGAUGGGGAGCGAAGUUGACGAUGAGACGACGUCCCGGAUUGUCAAGGGGGGGCCGUUGGUCGCUGUUUAUACUCUGGCCGAGUCGGGUGAGUUGGAUUACAGUUCUAAUGUCACAUUGGCGGAGGUCUCCUCACUCGGGGACGAAGCCGCCACUAUCGACAUCAGGACCUUUUCCAAGGUCAAAGAGACGGUGCGGACAGAGAUGGACUGCCAGGUCUGCUACGCCUUGUUCUACGACCCUCUGACGACUGUGUGCGGCCACACCUUUUGUCGGUCUUGCCUUCACCGGGUCCUGGAUCACUCCUCGUACUGUCCUAUCUGUCGACGGGGCUUGUCGGUCAGCCCCUUACUUUAUCGGGAAUCUUGCCCUUCGAACGAGCAUUUGAAGACCAUCAUCCAGACUUUCUGGGCUGAUGCCGUCCUCACCAGAGGCGAUGCCUUGGCCGCUGAGGCGCUGAACAGACAUCGAGAGUUUGACAUUCCCAUCUUUGUCUGCACACUUUCGUUCCCCAUGAUGCCAACAUUCCUUCACGUCUUCGAACCACGUUAUCGUUUGAUGAUCCGCCGCGCUUUGGAAGGCGACAGAACUUUCGGCAUGGUGUUGCCGCAACGGCCCCGGACUGCCAACGACACACAUUUCGUGGAAUACGGGACGUUAUUGCGCAUCGUAAAUGCCGAGUACUUUGCGGACGGUAGAAGUCUCAUUGAAACGAUUGGCAUCUCACGGUUUAGAAUUACGAGAAAUGGGAUUUUGGAUGGAUACCUUGUGGGGAGCAUCGAGCGAAUCGACGACAUUUCCAUCGCGGAGGAAGAAGACUUGGAGGCAACCGAGACACAGCAGGCCCUGGAGAGGUAUGAGAGCGCCGCCACACAUAUGAGCGAAGACUCUACGACGUCACGACCAACCACCCCUGAGGACCUCUCCAAGAUGCCCACGAGUGAGCUACUGUCCUUGGGUGUUUCGUUUGUCACCAGAAUGCAACAACAAAGCGUGCCCUGGCUGGCACAACGUAUGUUGACGAUAUAUGGAGAGUGCCCAAACGAUCCGGCCCUCUUCCCAUGGUGGUUCGCCAGUAUCCUACCCGCCAAGGAAUACGAGAAGUACAAGCUCCUCGAAACAAGGAGCGUCAGAGAGAGACUUAAGAUAUGCUGCGGCUGGAUCCUGGAGUGGGAGUCAAGUACUUGGUGA